CGUUAACGACGCUCUUUCUGGAAACUUUUAAGCCGAACUGGAUAGCCUAAUGCACGAUUUAGUUAAAGAUGGGACGUAUCCCGUUUAGCGCAGAUUACCUAUAUAUAUACCUGGUACCCUUCACCCAGCGUUGCACUGAAAAGACAUAGCAUAUCCUCAAGCCAUUCGAUUUAGCAAACUCUUGUAUCCCUUAAAACUAUGCCUGAGAGCUAUCCUACCACAUUCCCUCCAAAUUUCCAGGAGAAGACCUCUGUCCGCGAAUACACGCAAACACAAUUACCUUUGGACCAUGUGACUAUCAAAGGAAACUAUCAGGUUCCUAAUACCACUUGCGAGAACGGAUCACCAGUGUUUAGGAACAAGCUAUGUCAGAGCACCAAGGGUAACCAUUUGGUGACCUCUGUCCACCCCAGACUCACCACCCUCUACGAUGUCUUUAACGUGGCAAUGGAAAGCUAUCCCACACAUAACUGUCUCGGCAGCAAAACACCAUCGCAGAAAGCGUUCCUGUGCAAUACCUUUGCGGAGGUCGGACUACUCCGCGACCAAUUCGGUGCCGGUAUUAUGUCUUUGAUGAAGGGCGGGUUGUCAGCUGACCAAGACGACUCUCAUGUUAUUACCUUCUACGCCCCCAACUGCCUUGAGUGGAUAGUCGCUGACUUGAGCUGUGUCGCCUACGGUAUUCCCACCGCUCCGUUGUACGACACCUUGGGGCCCGGAGUGAUCGAACAUAUUGUGGAAACCACCCAGUCCCUGGUUAUGUUAUUAUCCCCAGCCCAACUCUCUUCGGUCUUGCAUCUCGCAGGCAAGAACAAGCUAAGCAGCACCAAGGUGUUGAUCUUGACUGACAUUGCAGACCUUCUGACGCUCAGUCUGGAGGUUUGUGGCGAGGCGAAUCGCUUGUCAAUCAAGCUAGUGACCUUUACCGAAGUGUGUGUCCUUGGUUCCCUGAAACCGAUGACCCAUAUCCCUCCUACACCCGAUACGCUUUACACCAUCUCCUUCACCUCAGGAACGGUAGGAAUGCCCAAGGGAGUGGAAUUGACCCACCAGAACGCUAUUGCCGGGAUUGCCACCCUCUACACGACGGUGACCAAGCCAAGCCCCCUGUACACCCCAGCGUCAAACUGCUAUCGCUCGUUGUGCUUCUUACCGUUGGCACAUGUCUUUCAGAAAUUGAUCUUCUACUUUGAGUUGAGCAUCGGCGGCACGAUAUACCUUCCUUCUGUGCCAAAUGAUCUGAACCAGAUUUUCAAAGACAUCGCAUUGAUCAAACCCACCCAUAUGGUCGGGGUGCCCCGCGUCUUCAACCGAAUUGAGUCUGGUAUUGCAAGAAAAUUAGAGACUGCAAACUUGCUAACGAAGAUAAUAUACCAAAAGUGUAUUAUCUACAAAGACCAAAAGUUCAUGGACGGGAAACACGUUACCAACCAUUGGUUGUACGACCGCCGAUUCACCCACAAAAUCAAAGCCGUUUUGGGGUUGGAGAAUGUGCGUUUGAUGGCCACCGGAUCGGCCCCGAUGUUGCCCGAAACGAUUCAAUCGAUGCGCUACUUGCUCAACACCGAGGUGGUCCAGGGUUACGGCUUGACCGAGUCCUUUGGUCCUAUCACGGUCCAGCUAGCUAACGAUGAGAUCAACCCCGUGAGUUCUGGGUUUAUCUCUGCCACGACAGAGUUCCAGCUCCGGGAUUAUCCCGAAAACAACUACAUCUGGAAGAAGAACCGAUCAGGAGAGUUGUAUCUCCGUGGACCUCAGAUCACGGCGAGGUACUACAAGGAUCCGGAAAAAACCAAGGAGAGUAUAUCCGCGGAUGGCUGGUACCGGACAGGGGACAUUGCGACCUUGGAUGAAUUAGGGAGGGUGAGGGUGGUGGAUCGCGCAAAAAAUAUCUUCAAGCUCUCUUUUGGGGAGUAUAUUUCACCGGAAAAAGUGGAGAACGUUUAUUUAAAGUCCAAUGCCAGUUUGAUGACCCAAGUCUACGUGUAUGGGGAUCCGUUGCAGUCCUUCCUAGUAGCCAUAGUGGUGCUUCAAGAGAAUGCGUGUUUGGAGUUAUUGCAGCGCUCGCUGUCAAAGGUCUUGGCGAAAAUCAGGUUCAUGGACGAGAGCAACAUGACAGAGUUGAAUUCCAAUGUCGACUUGAGAAGGUUACUUUUGCGUCAUAUGAACAAGAAUGCCUUCGCCUCAGGCUCAUUAAACGGGAUGGAACGGUUAAAGAACAUCAAGCUUUUUUUCAAUCACAUCUCUGAAUCUGGGGAGCGCAACAGUGGAGAGAACUAUGGGUUCACGGUUGAGAACGGUCUAUUGACCCCUACGCUAAAGACGAAACGGAUGAACGCCAGGGCCCGUUUCAGCACAGAAUUUGAGGAAAUGUACGCUGAAGGUGAUCUCACUGUGUGAAGCACUGGCUAUAGAUAGGUUUCGUUAUAUAAUUCCCGGCCUUAACUGUUGUAGUCUUGAUUUGAAGUUACUAGGUUAGGUCACUCAGGGUUUCGAUUGAAAAGAC